CACUCGGUCUCUUCACAAAGCAGCCAUGUACGACGAAGUCGCAAAUCUCCCCUUCUUCUCCGGCGAUGAUGGCAUCGCCGGAGCAAGAGAGCAGGAGAUUUUUGAGAAUUCGGGGUCGGUGAUGCUCUCCGGUGGCUGCUUGGGUUGGGAGACGUCCGUCAUCGUGUCAGCCUUGGCACAUGUGGUGUCGGGGGAGUCCACGUCGUCGUCUCCCUCGUCGUCUUCUUCCCCUUCGUCGUCUUGUGUGUCCUCCUCUUAUUCCUUCAAGUCGUCUGGCGACGAGGCCGGAGAGAAGAGGGCUAGAGAGGAGUUGCCGCCGGAAUUGGGAGUGAAGUAUUACCGAACUUGUUUUGGCGAUGCCGGAUACGACCCAGCUCCGCCAGCAUGGGUCGAAGAGGAUGGGACGGCGACAACCACCGGAAGGAAGUACCGAGGCGUGCGGCGGCGGCCGUGGGGAAAAUGGGCGGCGGAGAUCCGCGACCCGCACAAGGCUGCCAGAGUGUGGUUGGGGACCUUCGCGACGGCAGAGGACGCGGCGCGGGCCUAUGACGCGGCCGCCAUCCGAUUCAGGGGAAGCCGAGCGAAGCUCAACUUCCCGGAGAACGUACGUCUUCCCCAGCUUCCGCCUUCCCAGGCAGCUCCAUGCCUUGUUUCCGCCCCUGCUGCGACGACGACGACGCCGCCGUUAGGUGAUAACUUGGAGCAUUCGAGGACGCCACUGCAGGAAGGUCGUGAAUACUGUCCGAGCCAACGGAUUCAAGCGGCAAACAUCUUCGACAGUUUGGAAAUGGCGACGACGGUAGACGAUGGUUAUAUAGCUUCUCGUUUCUUGCCUACCUUCUCUGUUUCAGAGCCGUCGUUCACAUAUCCUGUGUUCAUGAGUAUGGUUUCGAAAUAGCGAAGCUCGCUCGCUCGCCGAUCUCUUUAGCUGAAAACCGCCGCAGGAAAAGCUGUAGUCUUUAUCCGUUACUGUUAAUAAUAUCGGAAUGGGACAUUUUGUCAAGGAAGUUAACAAACUUGUUGAGUUUGAUGAAUCUCUACAAAGAUUCGUCACUCGAGAGGUUUUCUUAAUCAGAGUUGCAGAAAUUA